AUGGGUUCCAAAAAGUCGCAAUCGAAGCCUCCCCCGAGCGCUGCUCUGGAUUUUAAGCCCGCGAACAAAUUAAGGCGUCAAAUGCUUCAUGUCAAGCGCAAGCGGGCCAAGGACUCUGAGCGACGAGCAGAACGUUUUGGAAGAAAAAAGGAAGAAGCCAAAAACCCGAAAUUGAAAGAGGAGCGUCUCAAACGGAAUAUUCCGCUGACUCUGGAUCGGAAACGUGUCUGGGAUGAGGCCGAUAGUGACGUUGAAGAUGCGCUGGGCGUCAGUGUUGAUGUCGAGCGCAUAAAGCGACAGAAGAAAGAGGAGGAGGACGAACUUAAUCGACCAUUGGAAGAUAGUGAGUCGGGGUCGGAUGAAUCCGAGGAUGAUGUCGACAGUAUGCUAGCCACCAGCGACGAGGAAGAGGACGGCGACGAAGAAGGCGGAGAUGGGAAGGCUAAGAAGGCUGAUACUCGGGGACGUAAAAAGUCCUCCCUUCCAUCUGCUACAGAACGAGCAACCAGUCCGAGCCAGUCGACUCGGAGUGCGAACCUCAACCUAGCGCCAGAGGCUCUCGCCGCUAAAUUUCCGACAUUGUUUACUUCAGAGCCUCCUCCGACACCCAAGAUCCUCAUCACCACCUCGCUCAACUCUACCCUCCAUGACGAGGCCAAAUCCCUUACCAAUCUGUUUCCUAACAGCGUUUAUAUCCGUCGUACAGCCCAUCGCUACUCCCACAAGUUCUCCAUCCGAGAAAUUGCUUCCUUCGCAUCGAAUCGGAACUAUACCGCCGUCGUGGUUCUCCAGGAGGAUCAGAAACGACCCUCCGGUCUGACGAUUGUCCACCUACCUCACGGACCCACUUUUCAUUUCACUAUCAGCAGAUGGAUAGAAGGCAAAAAGCUUCCGGGACAUGGAAAUGCCACCGAGCACUGGCCGGAACUGAUCCUCAACAACUUCCGUACUCCUCUGGGUCUCCUUACAGCCCAUCUCUUUCGGACUAUGUUCCCACCACAACCGGACCUGGAAGGACGUCAAGUCGUCACGAUUCACAACCAAAGAGACUAUCUAUUUCUCCGGCGUCAUCGUUAUGUGUUCCGCGAGAAGCGCGAGACCGAGAAGAGUGUCGUUGGCACAGACGGCAAGGAGAUUAAGGGCGUGGAAGGCAUUCGCGCCGGUCUCCAAGAGCUUGGCCCUGCGAUCAACUUCAAGCUGCGGCGAGUUGACAAGGGAAUCCAACGUGCUAGCGGACAGGAGUGGGAGUGGAAGGGAGGCAUGGAGAAACAGCGUACCAAGUUCCAGCUGUAG